AUGUCUUCUUUCACCUCAGCGCUCGUUCUCGCAUUUGCUACCAUCGUCGCCCUUCUCUGGUGCUGCACGUCGCUUUUCCUCCGUCUUCUGCGCCACAAACAUACGAAGGCAAUACUGGCACAGCUUGCUACCGGUAAGAUGGAUUCCAAUGUGCCGAUCAAGGACCGCCCGGGCACCAUGAUCGGAGCCUGGGGUUUCCAGUUCUUUGAGUGCGACCACGACUAUGAUAUCGUGAACCAUCUCAGCGCCGAUAUGGGGCUCUGUGACUUCAACCCGAAGCCGAAGAUGCGAGAUUCUCUGCUGAAUCCAAGAGACAAAGCCUUCGUCAUCAAGCACCUGCGCAAAGAGAUCGACGCAGUCUUCAAGAAGUACCAUGGCAUGCUCAAGGACUACAAGAUCAUCGAUAUCAAAGAGGAAAAGACGAAAGGCCUGAUGCUCGAUUCCCCUCGCUACUACAUCUUCCUGCUAGGACUGCUUGCGAUGCAGCUUGGAGUUCCUCUGUCAAUGGCACACCGACGCUGGAUGAAAGCCAACUGGAACGGGUGCCUCUUCAUGUACGAGCGGAUUGAUCAGGCGAAGAAUGCGGCCUUUGAGUACGAGAAUGGCAAGCCAUUUGAUUUGGGCAGCCAGACUCUCAGCGAGAAGAUGAUGGCUUGCACCACGACCAGCUCAGGUAUUAACGUUCGUAACAACGCCAUCUACGUCUCGACUAUGAGAAUGCAUCUCGACAACCAAGUCGCCAAGGAGAAGGGUGCCACCGCCCACAAGGGUGCCGACAUUAGUACCACCUUCGCCGACGUGAGUGCUAUUCCCGCCCUAGUGCGAGCCGCAUUCGAGAAGAUCAGGAAUGGAGACGCCGAGAAGAACGCUACUGCCGACGUUUCCGACAAGGAUGUUUCCGCUUCAGCAAAGGGCAUGAAGAUCUACUCCUGGGGCUCUAAUGCAACCGCGAACGAUCGGCUCAAGGACCAUGACAAGGGCCCUUUGCAGAGGGAGACCUUGAACACAGCGGACAUGGCAAAGAAGAUGGCGGAGAUCCUGAUCAAGGAGGGCGAGUUCAAAUAG